GGCAGCCAGCUCCGUGCCCAGCCGCGGGGCCACCUCAGGGCGCCCCUGGAGCGGCCGGUGCCCAGGGCGCACGGAGGAGCUGCCCGAGACCGGCGGGCGGGCCGGGGCGAACGGGCGGGGCGGGUCAAGCCGGUGCGCGCCCCGCUGGCCGCCCAAUCGCCGCGGGCCCCCCGGGCCCCGGGGGCUGGGGCCGCCGCAGCGUGUGCCGCGGCUGCGCCGACGCGCGGGCGGGCGCAGGGCGGCGGGGCGCGCGCUCAGUCUGGCGGCCGCGGCCGUGCGCGAACGGACGUGCCCGCAGCGCCGCAGCCGCCCGCCGCCCCGCAGCCCCGCGCCCGCAGCCGCCCGCCCGCCCGCCCGGGCCGCCCGCCCGCCCGCCAUGGUGUCAUGGAUCAUCUCCAGGCUGGUGGUGCUUAUAUUUGGCACCCUUUACCCUGCAUAUUAUUCCUACAAGGCCGUGAAGUCAAAGGACAUUAAAGAAUAUGUCAAAUGGAUGAUGUACUGGAUUAUAUUCGCACUUUUCACCACAGCAGAGACAUUCACCGACAUCUUCCUUUGUUGGUUUCCAUUCUAUUAUGAACUAAAAAUAGCCUUUGUAGCCUGGCUGCUAUCUCCCUACACAAAAGGCUCCAGCCUCCUGUACAGGAAGUUUGUCCAUCCCACGCUGUCUUCAAAAGAAAAGGAAAUCGAUGAUUGCCUGGUCCAAGCGAAAGACCGGAGUUACGACGCGCUUGUGCACUUCGGGAAGCGAGGCUUGAACGUGGCGGCCACAGCGGCGGUGAUGGCUGCCUCCAAGGUGGCUGGACUCUUUCAUUUUGUCUACUCUUUGGACCUCAGAGAAGGUCAGGUAAUCCCGUUGGGAGGUGUGACUAACUCCAGACUGAUCCAGUGGGGUAGAGAGGCCAGCAGCCCCCACAACCCAUCCGCGCAUGGUCUGGAUCAGAGCCAGGGACAGGGUGCCUUAUCGGAGAGACUCCGGAGCUUCAGUAUGCAGGACCUCACCACCAUCAGGGGAGACGGUGCCCCUGCUCCCUCAGGCCCCCCUCCCGCGGGGUCUGGGCAGGCCGGCAAGCACCGCCAGCCCAAGAUGUCCAGGAGUGCUUCUGAGAGCGCUGGCAGCUCAGUGGUUGAGGGAGAUGUGGCGGAGGGUGGUGUGAAGGCGUGGGAGCCCCGCCAGGUCCAAAGCCGGUUGGCCUUUUCCGACGAGGAGGAGGAAGACCUGCUGGACUUCAUGUACAAGUAUAAGACCCUGCGGAAGACGGAGAUCCCCCUGGAGGCACCGCCUAGACUCCUCCGCUCUCGCUUCAGGAAGAAAAGUACCUCAUCCUCAGCCACUGAAACCACAUGAGUGAGAUGAGCCAACAGCACCGGACACACCGAACGUUCCUCCUCUGCCUUAAGAGCUACCCACUGACAACACGGCGUCUGCGAGCUGGUGUGCUGUGUGCGGCCUCACAGACAUGGCCUUUUCUCCCUCCCCUUUUAGGGUAGUUUCCUCCUUUUCUUUGUGUUGCUGGGAAAGGCUACAGGGAAGGUAGUGUUUGGGGCGGGGGGUGGCGGGUGACCCUGUCUUCUGAGGUUCGUGAUUUUCCACAAUCGGGUUGUCACUGCAGACAGCAGUGUUUAUGGAAACACGAGAACAUCCCCCCACUGCUGAGAUGUACAUUUGUAAUUUAUUUGUUGCAUACUUCCUUUCCAGUCCUGUAAAUGCAAACAAAGCCAUUUUUUUAAACUGUGUUUUGUUCUCGGUACUAAUACUUUGGACUACAGUGUACAUAUGUAUGGCUUUUGGCUUCAUAUGAGGGACUUGCAAGGGCUGCCAGAGGGUCUGAUAAAACAGAAGUUUAAAACCUGUUUCUGACUCUAGAGCACAUCGUAGACUGUGCUUAGAAAGCUUCCAGAUAAACUCGGGUCCACGUCCCUGUCCCUGUCCCCGCGGAGGCCGGUCCCUGCGCUCAGACGGCGGCUCUGUCCCAAGGUCAGGGCGCGGGGAGGAGUCCGGGACACAGCCGGUGAGGAGUCCCAGGAAGCUCCUCCUCCCUGGGGCUCAGGGGGAGGAGCUUCCGCAGCCUUUCGGGGAAGGGAGAGGAUGGGGGCUCACCCGUGGGAACAAUCCUUCGCCGUGGUGAGGAGCCGUUGUGAAUGUCUCAGCACUUCCUGAAGGACUCUUCCUCCGCCAGAGUAAUGCGCUGUGCCCUGCCUCCCCCGGCAGAGGGGCUUACGCUGCGGGCGCCUUCUUCCAGAGCAGUCAGCAGAAACACCACCUGCCAAACGAUGCAACACCGAGCCGUGCUCCCAGGCGAGUGCUGAGACCCACCCCGAGGCGCCCGUGUCACAGCCAGAGGGCGGGAGAGGCCGAGACCUUUAGGAUGUGACUUGCUGCUCAGCCCCUCCCACCCGCUCCCCUCCUGGCCUGUGCAGUGUGAACGAGAGGGAAGUCGCAGGCUCCUGGGCAGGCCAGGUCUCAGUGGGCAUUUCCUCCAGGCCCGAUGGCUUAGGAGAACAGCACACCGGCCAGGGGGGCGGCUUCCUGCUUAGGAACUUUGUCAGGAAAGACGGAUCUGGAUUAAGUAGUAUUUUGGCCCGAGGUAGCUGCUCUCCCCUCAGAGCUGAACCUAAAGGCAGGUGUGUGUUUGUGCGUGGAGCUGGUGUUCUCUCUCGGUGUAAUGCAUGCAGUGGUCCCACCCCUGUUAUUUACAGCACCUGGAUCGUGUUUGUCCGUAGAUGUGCCCUGAAGACUAGACAGGUUAGUGUUACCCACCACACAGAACUUCCCGCCACCAGCCGUCAGCGCCCCAGGUAGAGGCUGCUCUGCUCACCCCCGAGCCGUGGCUGGUGGGACGGCAUCGGCCGGCUUCCCCAGGACACACUGGCAGCGUCCCCGCCCUCAGCGGCUUCUACUUGAAGUUCACUGUUACCAGACUUGCAUAUUUAAAUCCCUUUCCCCCAUCAUUACUCUGAGGGUGACUUUGUAAUUUACAAAAAGGGUUUAGGAAAAUAAACCUAAAAACAAAUUUGUAAUUCAGACGACACCCGGAAGCUGUCUGUACACGGUCUGUGCCUCACACCCACUAGGAUCUGCUUAGGGAAGACAGAAAGUCUGUUUCCUCCUCACUGAGUAGCUGCAGACACAGGAGCCAUGUACGCUUCGGUCCGUAUCUGUUAGCUGGGAGUGUCCAGGAUCAUCAGAAACGAGUGCGUAAAAAGCUUCAUGUAAGCAGCUCCCCCCUUCUUCCCCCCCUUCCCCAAAUAAUGCCUGUAGCAGCAGAGGUUAGAAUUCCAAUGUGAGCAAGCUAGAUUUUCACUAUUUUGCGAUGGACAGUUUUAACAAGUACAGACCGUCAAGUUUGCACUUACCUAUGCCAAAAACGAAUUCCAAGCGCUCUCCUCUCAGACAUACUUCUCAUUCAAGAUUUAAAGAUACAAAGCUAUCCAAACUGCUGUCUUAAUGUAAAUGUAACUACUUUUCCUCCCUGUGUUGAUUAGAGAGUUGGUUUCUCUCUUAGAAACACUCAUUGUACAACUGAGACUGUCAUUUCUGGCAAAACGUGUUUACUUCUCCGGCCAGUUGUUCUGUUGGUGUGUGGACUGACAUAAAAUGUGAACGCCUCAAAGUGUACAUGUGGUGGCCCGGUGGUCGGUCUCGAGGACAUAACGAAACGUUUUCACUCUGCUGGUAUAGACACAGCUGUUUACAAAAUGCUGGCUCAGAAGUCUGUCCCUGUCAUUGUCAUGUAAUAGUUUUUGGUUUAGUUGCCAUUGAAAACCUGGUCUGUUUCUGAGCAGUGGUGGGUGUUGAGUCCUGACCCCUCCUGGCCGUGAACAGCCUGCUCGUCUCGCUGGAUCUGAGUGUGUGUUCCCCGCAGAAGCUCCGUGUUUGUGGUGACAGUGCUUGUCCACGUGACCGCCUCGGCACCGCCCUCGUUCUUCCCCUCGUGCAGUAUUUGAACCGGUGAAGGGCGAGCUCCGCUCACACAGCCGCCGUGUCGGCCUGUGACUGUGCGUCCUCCCCCCGUUAGUCCUGUAGACCCUAGAGAACGCUCUGUAAUAAAACAGCAAACCGGACUGCGCGUCAAGGGGCGUAAAGCCCCAGGAUUCCCAAGGCUGAUGUUCUGCUGUUUUGUUCUGCUUGGUAUAUACCUUGAAUAAAGUCUUAACAGUUUUCUUUUAAAAAA